AUGGCGCUCCCUCCCAAGUGGUACCAGUUCCUUGUGAGCGUCUUCGCCUCACUCGGUUCCUUCAACUACGGUUAUGAUUUGGGUGUCAUUGCCUCUGCCAUUGCCUCGGCUUCGUUCAAGACCAAGUUUGGCGAAGACCCUAAUGAGAUUGGCGCUGUCGUCUCCGUCUUCACUGGAGGUGGCUUCAUCGGCGCUGGUGUCGCCGGUCCCACCGGUGACAGACUCGGCCGUAAGAAAACCAUUCUCAUCGGUGCUUCCAUCUUCGUUCUCGGUGGUGCUCUCCAGGCCGCCGCCCAGUCUCUGGCUUUCCUCUACGCCGGUCGUGCGCUCGCUGGUAUCGGUGUCGGUAUGUUGACAAUGAUCAUUCCCAUGUACCAGGCCGAACUCUGCCACCCUAGCAUUCGUGGACGAGUCACUGCUCUGCAACAAUUCAUGCUCGGUGUCGGUGCUUUGGCUGCUGCUUGGAUCUCAUACGGAACAUAUAUUGGGUUUGCCGAGAACGAUAACAACCAAUGGCGCGUCAGUUUGGGUAUCCAGUGUAUUCCUGGUGGCAUUCUGGCUCUGCUUAUUCUCCUCUUCCCCGAGUCUCCUCGUUGGCUCAUCGACCAUGGCCGUCUUGACGAGGGUCUUGCCACUUUGGCCAAGCUCCACGCUCACGGCGAUAUCAACGAUGCCUGGGUCCGCGCCGAGUUCGACCAGAUCCAAGAUUCCAUCGCCGCUGAGCACGAGGGCUCGGCAAAGUCUUACAAGGAGCUCUUCACCGACAAGUCCUGCUUCCGUCGUCUCUUCCUCGCUUGCGCUCUCCAGGCUUCCAUUCAGAUGACCGGCAAGAUCGGCAUCGCCGGUGAUGAGACCCUUCGCUACCAGGCCAUCUCCUCCGUCAUUGCCCUCGUCGCCCAGUUCCUCUGCAUGAUGCUCAUCGACAAGACUGGUCGCCGCUGGCCCUUGAUCUUCGGUAACCUUGGCAACUGCGUUACCUUCAUCAUUGCCACCAUCCUUCUGGCCAAGUUCCCUCCUGGCUCUCCUCAUGCUAGUGGAGCCACCGCCUGGGGCUUCAUUGCCAUGACAUGGCUCUACAACUUCAGCUUCAGCGCCACCUGCGGUCCUCUAUCGUGGAUUAUCCCUGCCGAGAUCUUUGACAUGAAGACUCGUUCCAAGGGUGUGUCCAUCGCUACCAUGACUUCAUACGCCUUCAACACUCUCAUCGGUCAGACCACCUCUGUGGCUCUCGAUGACAAGCACGGCAUUGGCUGGCGCUGGUAUAUUCUGUUCAUUGUGUGCAACUUUACCAACGCCCUCUUCUUCUGGGCAUUCCUCCCCGAGACUGCUAAGCGUCCUCUGGAAGAGAUGAGAUAUCUCUUCACUGAGGCUCCUCUCUUCAUCCCGACCUUGGACAUGUCGACUGUUGAGUCUCACGACCUCGAGCGCAGGGUUGAAGCGGUUGAGCAGAAACGCGAGGAGCACGGAAGCGAGCACAUUUGA